GACGCGUUGUUGUGCACGUGACAUGGCUCGGGCGUUUCCCGUUGGCUGCCAGUGAAGCUCCUUUCAAAAGAGGAAAGAAAAAAGUUUAGUAAGUUUCCUUGAAGUUUGAAGUGAAACGUCUCCUCGCUGUCUGCAUCACCAGAGCAUAGACAGCCUGAAUCCGCGGACCUUAAUAAGGAAGGGGAUUUGCUUCUGCUCCCCUGAUAAACUUACAAUGUCUUCCCCUAGGAAAAUUAAAGAGGAUUUAAGUUCUGAUGAAGAAAGCCCGUCCCAUCCCAUCCAUUCUCCAUCUGAAGAACACAAGAUAAGGAUAUCCAGUCUGCCUUUUAGCGUGGAAGCGCUCAUGGCUGAUAAGAGGGUGCCUAAGGAGCUACCUCAUCUACGUGGCUUUGAGGCUUCUGGAGCUAGCAACACCCCGAGUCAUCUACAUCUGGGAAUAGGGAACCGAGAAAGCCCAAGUCCUCCCGGGCUUACAAAAACUUUUGAAACUUCCUCUGUGAAAUCGGAGAACUCUGAAGAUGGUACCACCUGGGCCAAGGAAGGGGGCAGCUAUUCUCCUCCACCAAGACACUUGAGCCCUUCCACCUGCACACUGAGGAAGCACAAAACCAACAGAAAGCCGCGGACCCCUUUCACUACAUCCCAGCUAUUAGCACUGGAGCGCAAAUUUCGCCAGAAACAGUAUCUUUCCAUAGCAGAAAGGGCGGAAUUUUCCAACUCACUCAACCUCACAGAAACCCAGGUUAAAAUUUGGUUUCAGAACAGGAGAGCUAAAGCCAAAAGACUACAGGAGGCUGAAAUAGAAAAGUUGAAAAUGGCAGCCAAGCCCAUCUUGCCCCCUGGUUUUAGUUUACCUUUCCCCCUCAAUUCCCCCAUCCAGGCUGCAUCAUUGUAUGGAUCAUCCUAUCAGUUUCAUAGACAAGUUCUUCCUAUCCCACCUGUUGGACUUUAUGCAACCCCAGUUGGAUAUAGCAUGUAUCAUUUAUCCUGAGAUGACAGAAAACUGAACUACUUGGCCCCAACCUCAGCAUCACAAGCCCACUUUUUAUAUACAUGGUGUCAGGGCAACAUAAUCUGGACUGCAGUGCCGUGAAACAAAGAGCAUCUUCUUGCAACAGACUUUAAUUUAGGCAAAUACUGUUGUUCUAUGCCGUGCUGCACUUAGGCAUGAACAUAGAGCAAGCUGAGUAUUAGUGGGUUUUUGAGAAGCCUUAAAUGAAUCCAAUGUGCAUUAUAAGGGCUUUUGUGAAGCUGCGGUCUGUAAGGCAGAUAGAUGUACAGGUGAAAUCAAACUGCCUUUUUAUUAAAGGGAAAUAAAUCACAAAGAAAACCAGUGUAACUUAUGUAAGAUGUACAUUGAAUCUCCAAAGAGCGGAUAUAGACUUGUGCCACACAGAUUUCUGAGUUGGGUAUUUAAGACAUCAGCAUAUAGUCAACUAGUUCAUAUUUUCGAUUAUCUUGGUAAAAUGCUACUUUUUAUGAGAAUUAUUAUGAUUUUGACCUUUUUUUUUUUUUAUUUUCAACCUGUAACUUUGUACUGGUAAAAUAGAACAAUCUUCUUCAGCGUGAUCAACAAAGUACCAUCAUUAUCCUCACCAAUGCAUACAUUUCACCGUCGCUUGAAAAUAUAUGGUUACCUUAUUUAAUUUAAUAUCCACAUGUUCAGUAGGUAGGAUUUGUUUCAUAUUAGUAGCAAUGAAUUUGAAUACAUUCAAAUAGCCUAACUCAAUGAUUGUCAAUCCAAUAAUUUAAUGCAGGGGUCAGCUACAACUGGAUCCUUUGUAAUUAACGUAAAUAUAAGCUUUUCCGUACAUUGUAUUUGCGUAGGGGAAAAAAAAAGGAAAAUAUUUUACCCAUGUUUCUAAUCAAUUAGAACAUGCAGUAUAAAAACAUGAAUGGAAAACAUGCAUUUUAUACAUGACAAGAUAUGCAGUAGUUGAAAAAAAUGUGGUUGGUCAAUAGGUUAUUUAAAAAGAUGGAAACACAUUCUUUCUUUGCAUAUGCCUUAAGUUACUUUUUUAUUGUAUUACUGACCCCCAAAAAAGUUUUUGAUAAAAUUUACCAAGUACAUAUAAAUAGACAUAUAUAAGCAUAAAUGGAAGACAUACCCUUAUCUAUGGUAAGAAAAUAGUCGAAAAUGGCCACGCUUCCAUUCUUUAAGGUACUUUUAUUUGUGUAACUGACCCAAAAUAAAUUGUUUGUUCAAAUUUGCCAAGUACAUAUUAAUAGAUGUAUUAUUCAGAAAAUGUGUUAAUUUGAAAAAAGUCUGUUGAAUCAUAACCAACUAGAUAUUUGAACCACUGUAUGCCCCUUUUACACUUGGUACUGUUAUCCCUUUGAAAGGGACUCUUUGUAAAAUGUUAUAUAUUUUAUUGAAGAGUUAUAAUUUCAUAUAUCUCUUUAUUUGUAAUUAAAUUAAAAGUUGUUACGUGUUUUAAA